AUGGAUCUGCACUGGAGCGAAUGCAGAGUGGAGAAAGUGGGAGACGACGCCGCUCAGGGUAAAGAGAGUGAAGAAGGUGCUGUCUCGCCGGCUGGGAGAGUCGGAGAGCAGAAGGGGAGUCGCCGACGGGGAGAGUCGGCCGGGACAGCGUUUUUGCAGUUUCCCACCGGGAGAAAAUGGCUCGAUGGGGAGCCUGACCUUAGCUUAGCACUGGUAGAACCUCCUGCACAGCAAAUGCAGGCACCUCUUGUUGAUUGGGAUAGCCUACGCAUCGAGGACAAUCGAGAUGAAGAGGAAAGAAUUGAGAUUGUUGAUGAUGAGGUGAUGUAUGAGCUGUUGGGGUUUAGGGCUGACGAUGAGGAGGCUGAUAAGGCAAGAAAGGCAGCCAGUAAAGCUAGCAGUCAACAGAACGUCGAUACUUGUCAGAGGACUGAAGAAAUUGAUACAACUGGGGCAGUCAUUGAAGUUGAUGACUAUUUACCAGGGGAGAGGAAUGUGGUGCACGAUCCAAAUCGGCCCAAUAUGGAUCUUGGCACAGUUUAUUCUAACAUGAAGGAGUUUAGAUUGGCGAUCCUGAAAGAUAUAUUGGAGGUUGCAAGGGGGGAGAAGAUUGUCCUUGGCAUCUUGUUGGGCGUAGACAGCCUGAUUUAA